AUGUUGCAAUUCAAACUCCCUCAGCUCCCUACCUUCGGACUGUUCAGAGGCGGCAUCCAGGUCCCCAAGGCAGAAGUCCACGAUGUCGAAGAGCGACCAGAGAAACGGGCCAGGACGCUGAAACACCUUCUCAAGGCGAACCACAUCAACCACAGCAUCAUAUACAACAAACUGCGGUUCCACAACCACACCCCACACAUCCUCAGUUCCGCCUACAUCCUGGGCGCCGAUUCAGACGAGUUGACGCACAUAUACGAGGCCGAGAGCAAACACUUGGAGCCGUGGCAUGAUAGCCCUGGCGAGAUUGCAAAGCAUGAUUGGCGGGACUUCCUGGGAAAGAGAGAGUACCAGCGAGCGUUUAUCGACUUCUUCGAAGACGAGCUUGUCCAGCAUGGCUACGAUUGGCAUGCUCUGCUUGAUGAGUUUCUCCUCUCUGGCAAGGAGCCGUUGAUCAACAACCUCAUCUCUGGCCUUGCACAUCCACUCAUACAUCUCGGCUACGCUCAUGAGAUGUCGUCGAGGACAGUAGCCAUUGAAGCUUUGGGCCUAGCCGCCUGCUUUCACAAUGACUGGCAUGUCUUCCUGGACGAUCCCAAAUAUACCAAGCCCGCGAAAAGCCCCACCGACUCCCUCUUCAGCAUCCUUAGCAGGGUAGCUGACGAUCCAAAGUUUGACAACAUCUCGGAUCAGCCGGGCAGUGAUAAUAUCGAAAAGAUUCUCGGGAACGAGGAGAUGGCUGCCGCAGCAUUAGAAUACUGGAACUCGUGGGACCUGAAGAAGCCAGCGGAGCAAUUUGCAGAGUCACAGAAGCUGGCAGUUGCAUUGCUUGUUGCGGCACAAUCGAAACAGGACGAACGAUACGACUUCUUCGCCGUCCAUCUGUUGACCAGCUCUCACGCUGUGCGCACCCUUCUCUCCGUCCUGCCGAGUAAGCACCACAUCCCUCUUGUCCGGCAAUGGUGGCUCUUCACACUGCUCGUAUACAUUUCACAGCUGCGGCCGAAGAUCAACAUCGAUAAGAUCAAGUUGGUCGAAUUGGAAGGCCGCGAUUGGAAGUACGUCACCGAGAAGGCUCUCAAGGGCAAGUACAGAACAGACGCACACUACGUCAAGGCUCUACGAUCGAUGCAUGAAGCCAGCAAGACUUGGGGUGAUCCCAACCAAUUCUACCUCAAAGCUGCUGUCAAGAUGGCAGAGGAGUUCGACGGCUGGGGUGGCUUUGGACCGCGGGAUGCUGAUGAAGAAGCCGAAGCCAACGAUAUCAGGAACCAGAGACGGCAUUCUGGUCAAGGCGACUCUCUGAAUUGA